AUGGAUUCUGACAAUCUCGACGGUAGCCCCUCCAAAUGGAGGCAGUACAGGGCCUACAAUCUGAUCACUGUUCUGGCCAUGUCUUUUGGUUCUCUCAGUUUUGGCUACAGUAACAACAUUAUCUCCACCACUUUUGGCCAGCCUACGUUUAUCAAAUACUUCGAACUCGAUACCAGAAGCAAUGCCACCGAGUUGAAAGGUGUUAUGAACGGCGGCUAUCACGCUGCAGCCUUCAUCGGGGUUCUAUUCGUUGGGAGUCUGGCCGACCGAUGGGGCAGAAAGGUAGCCAUUUCAGUGGGCGCCCUUUUGACCCUCAUAGCUGGUGCAGGGCUUGCUGGCUCGGUCCACGUCGCCAUGUUCAUUGUCUUUAGGUUCGUCAGUGGAGCAGGAUCGUCGAUAUUACUUGCAGGAGUUCCGCUCUGGAUGAAUGAGGUUGUCCCGGCUGCAAACCGAGGUGUCCUCGUUGACAUACAUGGAGCCGUCUUCCAAUUUGGAUUCGCUGUGGCAUCAUGGGUCGGAUACGGAUUCUACUUCCUCACCACCAAAUCCAUGGAUGCGUGGAGACCACCUUUGGCUUUCCAGUGCCUACCUCCGAUUAUAACUCUCUCCAUCAUCUAUUGGCUUCCCGAGAGCCCCCGCUGGCUCCUGAUGCGAGGCCGAGUCGAUGACGCACGAAGCAUCUUGUUGCGUUCCCACACCGCGAGCGAAGCGCAGAUCGAGCUGGACCGAAUCCAGGCGCAGAUGAGCGUCGAUAGGACCCUCAACAAUAGCUACAUCCACAUGUUUCGGAAGGCCAGCUAUCGGAAGCGUUGUCUCUUGGCCAUUGGAACAUGCAUGAUGGCCAACUGCUCCGGCAUUCUCGUCAUCAACAAUUACGGGCCUACCAUAUACGGAAGCUUGGGCUACGAUAGCGAGAAGCAAUUGCUUCUGUCCGCGGUUUGGUCGACCUUUGGCAUAUUCUGCAGCUUCUGCGGUUUCCUCUUCGUGGACAGGCUGCCGCGACCACGACUCCUGACCAUGGGCCUCAGCGGCUGCGUGGUCUGUCUGAUCGUCCUCGCCGCCAUGAUCGCGAACUACGGCUCGUCCCAGAACUUUGUGGCGCUGAAGGCCAGCGUGGCCAUGAUCUUCAUCUACGAGUUCUUCUGGUGCGGCGUGCUCUCUGGGACGCAGUUUGUGUACUGUGGCGAGCUUUUCCCUUCCCAUCUCAGAGCAAAGGGGCUCUCGUUGGGCGUAGCAGGAAUCAACCUCGCAAACGUCAUCUUCCUGACCGUGGCGCCCACCGCUUUCGCGAACAUCGGAUGGCGGUACUAUCUGGUCUUCAUCAUCUUGAGUGGCAUUUCGGCUAUAGUGAUAUUCUUCGUGUGGCCUGACACUCGCGGCGUGCCCCUGGAAGAAAUCGCCGCCCUGUUCGGAGACUACGACGAGAUCAGCGAACCACACGCCCUACAACAGGAUGUUCAAGUCGUCCCUCAAGUCGAAUAUGGAGCAUCGAAAGAAGUUUCGACCCACCAUGAAGUGGCGGUAAAGUCGCUGGAAUGA